CUCACGCUGACGAGUGUGGCGCUGGUGCUGCUCGACCAGCGAGAGGGCGACGCGCUGCUGCAGCUCGGGCCGCUCGUCUCCGCCUUCCUCGGGCCGUCGCCCCACCUCUCGCUGAGCGAGGCCUGCGCCUUCGCCUCCACGUCGCUGCUCGACUGGAUGUGGAGUCUCAGCUGCACGUCCGUGGGCCGCAGAGCCAGCGGCUGGAGACUCGCCAACUACCUCCGCUCGGAGCCGCACUACUACCGGUGGCAGUUCUGGAAGGCCAUGAAGGUGGCGGCGGAGCGCGGAGACUUGGCGCUGGUCUCGUGGCUCUUCGCCCACUUGUCCGGCUGCGUGGUGCCCGUGGAGGUCGUGGAGGUCGCGGCCAAGAACGGACACUUGGGCGUGCUGCAAUUCCUCCUGGGGCACGACGCUGGGCGAUUCGAGCAGGAAAAGGGCGACGGAAUUGUGGUGCAUUGGGGUGGGCGCAGUAUGUUGCACUCUAUUGAACAAGGUCACGUGGAGAUCGCUCGGUGGUUAAAGGAGAACAGUCCACACCAAAUGGACAACGACGAGAUUCGCUGGGCGGUGGAGUACUCUCUUCGGGUUCCGGAUAUGGAUCUGGCGCUGUUUUUCUUGCCGGAAGGGAGGUCAAUUGUAGAGUUUGCCCACGAUGAUCCACACCCAGAGACUGUGGAGAAGCUGCUGGAGGAGGGGUAUACCCGCCAGGAUGAACACUGUGCUGCUGUUUCGAUCUACAUGCUAGCGAGAGUUGGGAGACUCGACUUGAUGCACCGCAUCGUGCAGCUCCACUCUCCACCUCGAGCUCGCCCGCGUUUCGACUGGUCCAGUGAGUGGUUCUUUGCGACCAAGGAGGCGUGCAAGUUUGGAGAUCUUUCGGUUGUGCGAUGGUUGAUGGAGCACCCUAUUGGGAAACGUGUGGCCGAAGCGUACGAACAUCAGCACAGCGCGGGGCCGGAACAUUUCUUCGCUCUGGCAGCGGCAGGAGGGCACGUUGAAGUGAUGGAAUACCUGGACAACGAGGGGUAUUCCGACAGCUUUAAGGAUGCUGCUAUCCUGGCUAUCCGCAAUGGUCACUUGGAGGCGAUAAAGUGGCUGCUGAGGAACCAUUCCUACUUUUCAGAUACCUUCAUGGUAGAAGAAGCUGCGAGAUGCGGACGUAUAAACUUCCUGCACGAGGGCUGUACGACCAGGGCCAUGGACAAGGCGGCAUCGAACGGCCACCUCGACGUGGUCCAGUGGCUUCACACGCACCGCUCGGAA